AUGCGUAUACAAGCCUUUGUACCGCGCAAUCAACGGCAAGGACCCCAGAACAAAGUCGUGGGCAGGAACCCGCAGACGAUGUGCAACCUCAGCCCUCGUCGUCCAGCUCCGAUGCUGCCUCAGCUUCUACGUCCACUGCUGCAAGUACCAUACCCAUAUACCGCGCUGCGCAACAGCUCAUUGAUAGAGUUUAAAGAUACGCACAGCAGUACGAAUAUUCAAGCUGCAUUGCUCGAAACGACCAACGAGUGGAAUUUAACAAAUAAAAUAAAUUUUAUUGUUAGUGACAACGCACCCAACGUCAAAAAAGCCAUAGCUGAUAUAGGGUGGAAGCAUUAUGGUUGCUAUGGCCAUACGUUGAACUUAAUAGUGCAAGAUGCCCUGAAUUCAGUCCAAGCUUCUUUGGACAAAGUUAAAACUAUAGUCCGUCAUUUUAAAACAAGUACAGCAGCGCUAGAAAAAUUAUUAAAAGCGCAAUCACAGGAAAAGCCGGACGUGACACCAAAGCGCUUGAUACAGGAAGUACCAACCCGGUGGAACUCUACAUUUGCUAUGUUACAGCGAUUUGUAGAACUGGAAAAUCAAAUAUGUGCCACUGUUGCAGUUCUUAAAAAAGAUUUACCAAUUUUAACUCUCGAGGAAUGGACAGUAUUUCACGAACUGUGCAAGGUUUUAAAACCUUUUGACGAAGCUACGAAAGCUAUGAGUGGUGAAGAUUAUAUGACAGCCAGUACCAUUAUAGUCAUGACACGCUGUCUUAAGGAAUCCUGUGACCAACUGCUCCUGGAAGGCUUUACUGUUACAACAAAUAAUAUAAUUACAGUACUUCGGACAGGCUUGGAUAAAAGAUUUGAAGGUGUUGAGAGAAGUGGCACGUUCUCGAUAUGUACAUUAUUAGACCCAAGGUACAAAACCAAUGUAUUCUCAGACACAAGUGAGGCAGCAAAAGCAAAGAAAGUGCUGGAGGAAAUACUGGCAACGGAUAUUAGGCGACGACAUGGAGAAAAACAACCACAACAAUCGACUUCAACCUCUGCAUCCGUCCCAGUAAGGGAUAAAUUUUCACCAUGGACGAUUUUAAACAAUAUUGUUGGGACGCAGCAGCAGCAAGUAGGCACACCUUUGUCGUGUGCCAUCAAAGAAGUGGACUCCUAUUUAAAAGAGGACAUAUUACCCACGUUCAAUGAAAAUGGGAAAUUUAACUGUCCAUUGCAAUGGUGGCAACUUAAACAGCACAUUUAUCCCAACCUUGCCAUUCUUCUACGCAAGUAUGGCAACAUAAUGGCAACGUCAGUUCCGUGCGAGAGGAUAUUUAGUAAGACAGGUCUCACGAUUAAUAACCGCCGCACACAAUUGAAGACAUACAAAGUUGCCCAAUUAACUUAUUUAAAUGUUAAUCUAGAUCCAAAAAGAUUUUUGAUAGAGUCAUAA